UUCAGAUGGAUGGGGACAAUAAUGGAACUUCAUACGCAGAAAUGCGAACGGUGACGUUUUCAAACAGUGAGAGUGUAACAUCGUCGCAUGAUGUCGUUGGAGAUGGUUAUGCACAACUUCCUGUGAUCAUGAGUGAUAGAGAGGGCAAGGAGUUCAUGGUACAUUUUGCGGACGACCAUGAUCUGGAAAACAUGGAAAACAUUGAUGAAGAAGUCGAGUUGGGCGUCACCAGUGAUGGUCUGAAGAUGGUCUACACUCGCGGAGAUGGUGCAGGAGAUGCAGAUAGCGAAGGUAGACGUGGUAAUCCGAUACCGGACCAAGAGCGAUUCCUUCCAAUAGCCAAUGUUGCACGCGUGAUGAAGAGGAUGAUACCAAGUAGCGGAAAAAUAGCAAAAGACGCCAAGGAAUGCGUUCAAGAAUGUGUUUCAGAGUUCAUAUCCUUUAUAACCAGCGAAGCUAACGACAAAUGUUUGAGUGAGAAGCGGAAAACGAUAAGCGCUGAUGAUUUGUUGGAAGCUAUUACCAAUAUGGGAUUUGAUAACUAUGUGGCUCCGUUGCAGCUGUUUUUGGAAAGAUACAGAGCAGCACAUAGAUUGAACAGCAUUUUUCCAAGCGGAAAUGUGCCGCGGAGUUUCUCUUCUGAAGGGUGUUUUCCUUCGCAAAAAGGAAGUCCCAGAAAUACCACUGUUCAAGAAUUUUCUCACCAAACCUCUCUUGCUUCCACUCCCACAACAUCCAGCACAAGUGGAACACAUAGUUGUACUGCUACAACGGUUUCCAACAAUGGGCACUCCGGAACGAGCAUCUCUUCUUCUCAUGGUGCUCCUGUUGUACUAGCCGGAGGCGUUGGUGGCAUGCCAGUCACUGCACUACAUCAACAACCUAUGCAGAUCUACAUUGAUCCAGCUAGCAAACAGCACUACAUGGCUAUUGAGACCGAUCAGGGAAUGCAGCUGUAUCCUAUACAAAUCCAGACUGAUGGACCUGUAGCUUAUACCGUUACGUCUGAGGUUGCUACGACAAUGACGUCAAGUUGCAAUAGCGAUAGCCAGGCAUUCUUCAUGAUGACUGCUGGCGAGGUCGAAAACGGCCACAAUAAUACUGCCACAACGGACACGUCUACUGGCAAUGGACGGUCCAAUCUAGAUCGUACGCAUCUACAGAGUCGCAGUGAAUUCAGCAAUCGUCAUCAGUCAAGGAACAAUACUUUGAGUAUUACAUAUGCUGCAACUUCUGGACAGGAUGAAGAGUCAUUGCAAGUUCGAUCUAAUGUAAAGCGACAAUCAGCUGGAGGGAAAGUUGCUGCAGGAAAAGCUAUAGCAUCAUUAAAACGGCCUCGGCAUAGUUAGCUGUUAUCGUCGACCGUAUUUACUCUUGUGUCUUAGCGGUACUACCUUUUGCUUCGAUGCCAAGUCUGAGCUGCCGUGAUUUCAGUCUUAUUGUGCACAUGUUUGUUUUUGUACCUUGUUAAAAAUGCGAAC